AUGGCCGGAAAGAAUGCUAUAAACAAACCAAAGAUCAAGAUGCUGGCACAUUCCCAUGCCAAAGCAUUAGGAGCAAAGAGAGCUGCUCGUGCUCGUAAGAAUCCAGCUACCAGAUCUUCUACAUCCAGAUAUGCUGACAAGGCCACUACUGCACCAAGACCAUCUGAAUCAAAUGCUUUGGCUUUAUAUACAGGCGAAACUCCAGCUCCAACUAAUAUUAUGAUUAAGAAUACUUUAUCUAAAAAGAGAGCCAAGAAGAUUACCAGGAAUCAAAAAUAUUUUGCCAAUAAUAUCAAGAAUAAGAGUGACGAUGUUUCUAUGGAAAUUGAGAAUGAAGUUGCAGAAGAAGUUGAAUCAAAAUUAGAACAAACCAAGAAAGCAUUAUGGAGUGUUAUUGAAAAUCACGCUAAGGGUGGAUACCAAAUACCUACAGAUGCUGAAGGAACUACUUUGGGAAUUCAAGCGUUUUAA